AUGUCAGGUGGUGAUGUCGAAGUUGAAGUAAAUGACAUGGACGAUGUUGUUGGUGGCGUUACGAUGGAUGAAGAGCCAGAUGAAGAAGAGACUGUGGAGCGUAUUAAAUCGGGUGCUCGUGUUCGAAAAGGGCGUGGUUUUAAUGAAGCUAGUGAACGUAUAACAAUGAAAGGUGGUGAUUAUGAUACUGUUGAUUCACAACAAAAUGGAGAUCCUGGUCCAGCUCGGAGUGUUGAAGGUUGGAUAUUAUUUAUAACAAAUGUUCAUGAAGAAGCUCAAGAAGAUACAAUGUUUGAUUUAUUUCGUGAAUACGGAGCAAUUAAAAAUAUGCAUUUAAAUUUGGAUCGUCGUACGGGUUAUGCGAAAGGCUAUGCUUUAACUGAAUAUGAAACAUAUAAUGAAGCAAAAAAUGCUUUACAAGGAUUAAAUGGACAAGAUUUAUUGGGACAUAAAUUACAUGUUGAUUGGGCAUUUGUUAAAGGACCAUUGAAAAAACGUGACAGUAAUCGUACAACAAAAACAACAGCGAAUACGGGGCGUUCAACGUAUCGUCGACGAUAG